AUGAUUGGCUGGGGCAUUAAUUGCAGUGCAUGUCCCUCGGGUCCGUACACGGGGGCUCAUCAACUCGGACCUUGCAAUAUGUCCGCCGGAGCAAGUCUCCAAUAUUGGAACGGAUCUAGCAAAUACCAGCGGCCUCUCUCACAUCGGAUCAAUAGGCAGUCUGCUGUGCCCACUAAUGCCAUCCUGGAUUACAUCACUUAA